GCAUGCAGCUAUGAUUUUUUUAAUGCCAAAGAAAGAAAAGAACGUGUAUUAUAUUAUCUCUGACGUUCUUGUUGGUCGGUUAUUCACUUUUUAGUUGAAGCAGCCAGUUUUGAGUGUUCUAGAACCGAGAUUUCUUACCUUAGGGACAACUGAAGAGUACCCUUUACAACAUGCCGCGUGUACCUUUACCAUUAUUGAUAUCACUUUUUAAGAUUCACUUUUGAUCUGCGUUGCCGAGUAAUGCUGUUUCAAAUGGAGCAUCAUGGAGGGAGGUCGUUGCUCCGUCUGGACGCUCCCGAUUGUCCACCGACUGCCCACAGUAAGUUGCUUUCGCCGCAUAAAGAAAGUGCAUGCAGAAAUGCACCUUUUGCAGGAAGAGCUGCAGCAGCUGUAAGUGCGAGUUGCAGUGGAUGUGCGCUACCUAAAAAGAGCAAAAAAAAAAGAACGAAGUAAUGUCUUUACACUAGAACAGCAGACGAGAUUUGAUGGGAAGUGCUCACAAAAAAAAAGCGACAUGCUACUUGCCCAGUCAAGCGAGGAUGCUAUCGACAUCUAUCUGCACAGGCACCCUAGUUCGCUGCCAAUUUUAUGCGUACGUUCAUCAGGAUGUUUUUCCCUCUAACAUUCAAAAAAAAAAGUGGCAAUACCGCAAGAUCAUUGGAGCACACUCAAAAAAAGAUCACGCUUGUCAAAAACCUAUCCCGUGCGCUACACCACUGCAUCGUACAGUUCCUGUGCUACGUACUUUGCUAGCGUGGAGGUGCAACGUAUCACAAACCGUGGCUCGGCGGAGUUGCGUGCAUCUCUUCCGAAGCGUGGGCGACGCGCGCCGUGUACUUCGAGCGAAGCAAACUUCGACCCACUGCGCGUCCUGUGACGUCAUCACGUCCGCGAAAAAAAAAAAAAGAAGAAAGGAAGCGAACGCAGUGGAGAGAGUGUGGUGGUGAAAGAGAAAGCUUUCGAAAGCAAGGAAGCAAGCGCCAACGCAAUAGGGAGGAAGAGGGGAAGAACAAAACGUACAAGGAAAAACGGGAGAGCACAGGCUCCGCCUCCCGGGCUUCGGAGACGGCCGCUGAAGCGCGCGCACCCCGGGUUCGCCCCAGAGCGGGCUCCAAAGUUGGUCGCGCGCGGCAGUGUCGGCUCUCCCCGGAGCCAAGUUGGCGCGCUCGCCGAACUCUUAAUCGAGAGUGAAACUGCACGCCGAAAAGUUUCAGUUUUGAAAAGUAUACGCUCGCUUCGUGGGGAUUCGGCAGAGAAAAAAGAAGAAGAAAAAAUAGAGCUGGGAGACAAGUUCGAUCUUAUUCACUGAGUCAUUAGCUUUGCGACUAUUGUUUUUGACUCCAUUGUGCGACGAUACUAGUGGAGUGUUGGGUGUUCCGCCAGCCCGCGCUGCGAAGAAAUCGCGCGGCAUCGAGGAAGUGCGCGACGGGAAGACAGAAAAAGGUACCGAAGAACGUGCCAUGCGUACCGGCAGGGGUCGAACACAGCGGUAGGGCGGCGACGGUGACGUCACACUCGCAACCAUGGACGACUUGGACCCGUCGCCCCUGAACGAGACCGACGGAGUCGGCCUCUCCGUGCAGGCGAAUGUGUCGUCGUGUGUCAACGAACUGUGCGUGUCCGAGGCCGAGUACCUGGACCUCCUGGAGGAGUACAUCUUCCCUUCGUCGUACGAGUGGGGCCUCAUCGGCCUCCACGUGGCCGUGUUUGUGGUGGGGCUGGUGGGGAACUGCCUCGUGUGUGUCGCCGUCUACCGGAACCAGACCAUGCGCACGGUGACCAACUACUUCAUCGUGAACCUGGCCGUGGCGGAUUUUCUCGUGAUCUUGGUCUGCCUGCCGCCGACUGUCCUUUGGGACGUGACGGAGACGUGGUUUUUCGGGGCUGCGCUCUGCAAGAUCGUCCUUUACCUUCAGUGCGUGUCCGUGUCCGUGUCGGUGCUGACGCUCACGUUCAUCUCCCUCGACCGGUGGCGCGCCAUCUGCCGGCCACUGCGCUCCCAAGGAUCCACGGGACCCCGCGUUGCCAUAGGCGCUAUCUGGGUUGUUUCGUGCCUCGUGAUGCUGCCUGAACUCGUGGUGCUGGACACGCGGCGAGGUCCAGUCGCAGGCGCCGUCUACCUGACGGACUGCGCGUACACGUGGCCCGUGGGUUACACGUCCGUGUACCAGCUGUGCCUGGUGGUGUUCCUGUACGUGGUGCCCUGCCUGCUCAUGUCGGCCGCCUACUACCAGAUGGCGCGCGUGCUGUGGCGCAUGCCCGCGCUGCACGAAACCGGCUCGCUCACGGGCACCCAGCCACCGCCGCAGACGCUGGCGCGACGCAAGGCGGCCAAGAUGCUCAUCGCCGUGGUCAGCCUGUUCGGCCUGUGCUACUUGCCCGUGCACACGCUCAACCUGCUCAGGUACACGACAGAACUUCCCCAGACGCCCCUUAUGAGCGUCGCAUCGCUGCUAUCGCACUGGCUCUGCUACUUCAACUCGGCAAUCAACCCGAUCGUCUACAACUUUAUGAGUGGCAAAUUCCGCAAGGAGUACAACAAGUCCUUCCGUUGGCUGCUGAAGCGCGUUCUCCUCUGUGGAAUCGACCGACGAAAGGCGGCCACCAACACGUGCGAGCUAUAGCAUACAGCUGGCCGCCUGCGAAUGGACUCGAGGCUGGCCAAGAUAAACCACAGUACGCGGCAACGUUCGACGAGGCAGUCCUCCUGGAAGAGCACCUCCGCCUGCACCGUUUGUGAACUCUAGUCGAAGACGUCUUCCGCAGGGUGAAGGAAGACAGCGAAACGAAGGAUUUCAUAUCAGCACGCUCGUCCGUCGCCGUUGCGGUUUCGGACACGCCGGCAGCUCGGAGCUGUCGAGGAAGUCGUGCAUGACACAGUGGCUGUGGACUUGCGUCUUUGGUCGUUGUGAUUGACUGUUUGUGUGCUUUCUUUUUUUUUUUUCAAGUGAUCGUGUACGUUGUAUCGCCGGUGAAAUACUGUAUAUUACCGCCUCUCUUAUGAGAAUGCUAUAGACGUCAAUAUCAACCCAGAGCUCUACUUAGGCAGAAGAGCGCAGAGCGCUGUGCCGUUGUGUGUUGCGAAUGUCUGCGAUCUUUGUGAGCUGUGAACGUUCGUUGUAUGCGCGAUUUCGCCGCUGCUUAGCGAUAUCGCAGCUAAACUCGACAACGUCUUCGUGAUUUUCCUCGUGCUAGAACGCUCCGAAACAUCAGCCCUACCGACCUUGUCCCGUUUGCAUUACGCCCGACAUAGAUCACCAUAACGCAAAACAACGGGAGCAGGAGACCUUGAAUAGCAAGGUCUCCUGCUCAUGGAGACCUUGAAUUAAGAAAACUUGAAAUCAAGGACACCUUGAAAAUGUUGCCUCUUUUGUGCGGAGGUGUUGUACUAACUUGUUGUGUAGCUCUGUGAGUGACAGUCACCUAUACUAAGUCGCAAAUGCUAAUGAAACGCGGAAAAAGGAAAUGCGUCUGGUUUCGGAGAAUAGCCGCCUUUGUUACAGCAAAGACUGUCUUAUAAACAUGCUAGUCAUUUGUUUAUACAGAGCGGGCGUUAGUUGAGUGGGUGUGAGAUCAAAACAUCAUUUAACACCUCGUGGCCAGCGCCUUGGCUUUGACUCCGUAGCCAAUCGUGUAAGUAGAUCCUCUGAAAACCGCCGCGCGACAAGGUACCGGAAGCACAUGGAAGCAAAAAUGUCCUUUCUACCUUACAUGGACUAAUUGACCAGGCGUUAUUGAAAUCGGCAAUCAGAAUGUGAGCCACACUUAAAUCCAAUGAAAGUACAAUUUAGGGAGAGCUAUUAUUGUGCUUGUGGGAAAAAACUAUACAUUUUGUGCCCACAGCUAAGAAAUGGCAUUUGGAUCAGUACUAGCACGAUCCAGCUUCAUUAAUGCACGUGUCGCAUUAGUUUAAUUAACGGUGUUAGGGCUGCUAGAACACAUGUUUAUUUUAGUACUUAUUCCUGCGGCGGCUGCUGUCGUACAAAAGCGCUGAUCAUGCAAUUCGCCUUGCGUUUCAAACUAAGCAGUAUUAUUACACGUAUUACAUUCCAGGCACAUUUUUUUCUAUUCAAUAUUUUGUUCAGAACAAUACCGGCAAGGAAGUCUAUGGAUAAGCGGACAGAGUACUUCAGAAACGAGACGCUAUAAACAUGGCCCUGGUUUUUGUAAGGCAGCAUGAUAUACUACGCACAACAGAUAGUGUAGUCACUACGCUCUGUUUGGCCAUAGUUCAGCGUUCGAGAUAUCGUAAAAGAACGUCACUGCCAUGAGCCCACAACUGUAAAAGCGAGAAUGCGUUUAAAGUGUGCCUGUGAACUAAUCGACCGUUAUAAAACUGUGUAAAACUCGAGAUUGAUCAACAUUUCAGGCCAGCGCACGAACCGUUGUAAGGGAGUAGUAAGCCAAAUUUUCAGAAAGCAGACUUAGUGUCAUUUUGCAGGCGUUGAUUACGACACGUCUUGUCAAUAUGCUGGCUGUAUUCGGAGGCAUUCCAUGUUUACCGCGUGGUUGAUCAAUUCAAGCGGUCAUUUGUAAGAUCUCAGCAUCAGUGGAGGAGCGUGGGUUAUUUGCGGUGUAUGAAAAUGACAGAGCAGGCAACGCCUUUGAUUGAUGUUUCGCUGGUACAUCCUUUUAGGUUAUAAAAAAACAAAAACAAAAAAAUACAUACACAAAGGUAGUCCCCUCAGAAUCAGGAGCUAUUUAAGUAGCACGAAGAGUGAAGUCAAAUCAAAAUAAGAAUACGCACUGGUAUGCGGACAACACUGGUGCGUCCGAAAACCAAGUCGAACUAGCCCACCGAAUAAACGCUCAGCAGAAAUCGUUUUCCCUACUUUGUCCGACUAUAACAGCCAAUGCUAAGUACAAUUGGGGCACGAAACCGUUAGUUGAAUCCAAAUGUAGCGAUUUGGAAGCUAACUACAAUGUGCAUCACACGCACAUUGUCACAAUCACGGACAUUCGCUGGCAUAUUAAGCAUUGCAUUGAAAUAAAUACUUAUGAAUGAAUUAUAAAUCAAUACCAACUAGCCAAAUUCACCGUUUUCCUAAAUACUCGUGCUUGGUAAUGAGGCGAAACUGCGUUUAACGGUUUACCGAUGACCACCGUUCGUAGUAAGUAAAAUAACUCUAGUUAGGUAGGAAGUUGGUUCGAAGUGGUCGGCGCGUCUCCUAGAUAUUGGUUCCUUUGUUCAUUAUGGCAACGUAGACGACCUGCCCCAGAUGCACGUAUAGUAAUGGCAAAAUUGUUGUGCUUCCGAUGAGCGCUCAUUAUUACGUAACAAGCGGUGUUACCACUCUUCGCCAGAGUAUUGUUUAACUGCAAAAAAAAAAAAAAAUACGAUGGGAGUCCAGCAUUCAGAAAGUUACGAAAGAAAAGGAUAGCAUACUAACGGGCAGUUUUCAGCUCUUCACCUGUGGGCUACGAGCGUGUCGGGGAAGAGGCGUGUUAGUUUACUGCGUUGAUGCAACGCAGCUUAACUACAGCUUAAUGGCGAGUACUUUGGGCAAAUGUACACUGUAUUUGUAUAUUCUCGAUAACAGACACGAGCAGUAUACCGACGUUCACGGCGAGUACUGUGAUGUGGUAGUGCCAAUAACUGUGUCGACAGUCUCCGGCAUUCUUCCUUGAACUGCUAAUAAACAUUGCUACGUAGAGAUAUCACCGUGAGUAUACAGUACUCCUUUUUGCAGUUGUAUUAGUCUUCUCUCCCACAAUGAAAAAAAAUGCGCUGCAUUUUUUUUGUCAAUAGCUUCAACUGUGAGAAACAGUCGCUUGUUCGUUUACCACCAGUAAACUAAUUAGGGCGGUUAAUUUAAGUUGCAGUGAAGCCGAUCCCCUAAAGCUGCCCUACUUUAAGAACUUCCGCUGUAUACCGUUGAAGGUUCCUGUGCUGACACUUGCCUGUUAGAGAGUUUUAUAUGUAUUAAGUUCUGGUGAGGAUGUGAAAGUGGAAACAGGGUCACUUGUUCUACAUGCUUCGUUAUCCUAGUAAAAUAAAACCCAGACAUUUGAUGUCAGUGUUCUUCCAA